GGGGACGCUGUUGCUAGGUGCCAGUUGCUAGGUAACACAGUUUCUCCCUGGCUGAGCCACCUUCCGGAGGGCAGCUCCUGCCUCCUGUAGCCUCUCCCUGACCUUAGAGCCACCUCAGAGGGCAGGGCCCCCAGGGGCCCUGCCCCCCAGCGCCAGCCAUGAUGGGAAAGCUCCCCCUGGGGGUGGUCUCCCCCUACGUGAAGAUGAGUUCGGGCGGCUGCACGGACCCGCUGAAAUUCUACGCCACCAGCUACUGCACAGCCUACGGUCGAGAGGAGUUCAAGCCCCGCACGGGCAGCCACAUGGGCACGGGCUACAAGUCAAACUUCCGGCGCAUGGCCUCCUACCAAGCCAAUCUGGAUGCCUUGAGCAGCCCGGCCACAGGCACCAGGGAACAAGCCCGGGACAAUUUCCAGACAGUGACCGGUCAGAGUUACCGCCCCCUGGAGGUCCCCGACGGCAGCGGCCCACUGCCCUGGAGCGUGCACCAGACUAACUCUGGCUAUGGGCAGGAGAGACCCAAUACAGGCCCCCUGACCACCGAGGUCAGAAAGGUGCACUUCGACACACAGGAUCACGGGGCCCAGGCCAUUGUGGGGCUGGAGCCCAAGGAGAGGCCGCUGUUGUUCCAGCAACAGGACAAGGGCUCGCUGGCGUGGGAGAACGGGGGCUACGGCCCCCGCUUCAUGACUUCUGAGUACAACUCCAAGUAUCUCAAGGAGCCUUCAAACCUGCCAGAUCUCUUGCAGAAGAAAUCAAUUGGCGCCAAAGAGGAGACCGGCUUCACUGAGGAGUCCAACAAAAACCCUAUUGUCUUCCAGCCGCCCUCCCAGGCCCUCCCUGGGGACUCUGUCCUCCUCCCGGGCCGGACCGUCACCAAGGCGGACUUCGUCCCUAUGAGUCUCCCUCACGGUGAUGAGAACCUCCCUGUGUUGGCCAGAGGCUCUGAACGGGAAACGGGCUACAGCCGAGCGACCGAAAGGCCUCUGAACCUCAGAGUGCCCUCUCUGGGCCCGGAACCGGGCAGCCUGAGCCACCGGCAGUUCCAGCCACCCCAGCGUCUGCAGCAGAGCAACGUCGCCAUGCUUGGCCGAGAGACCAUCGGGAACAAGGAGCUCACUGGCUUCAGCCUUAACAACCCCAGCUACGUCCGGAGCGCCUAUGACCCUGACAGGGACAGUCGGUACCUGACCACCUACAACCAAGGGUACUUUGAAAACAUCCCCAAGGGCAUAGACCGGGAAGGCUGGACUCGAGGUGGCAUCCAGCCUCAGACGCCUGGAGGCUACGCCAUCAACCACCCGGUCACCCACAUGGAGGCCACCCCCAACCCCAUGGAGAGCCUGCAGCGCCUACAUCCCCACGUGGGCAGAACCCUGACUUCAACCGACCCCUUCUACCGAGACUCACCCUACGGCGGCUACACACCGUACAGUGGCCGCUACCUGCCCCCCAACCGAAACUGAUGCCUCGGUUUGCCAACACAAGGGGAACGGAAGCUGGCUGCUGUCCCUCCUCCAGCCCCCUCCCCCACAGGGACCUUCAGCUACUUUCCUAAUGAAAUAAAGUGCAUUGAAGCAGA